CACUGUUCCCAGUGGCGCACAAACGCAAAAUAACCUCAACAUCCGGGGCAGCAGAAGUUUUCAAACAACACAAGCUAGCCGUUACACAUUUUUGCUCAGGGAUCUAACGUAACGGUGAAUUUUUGCUAGCGGGCUAGCCUGUUUGCUGAACAAGCGAUGUCCGCGAGCUCCAAGAGGAGAAGGGCUACUUCGCCCUCCAGCAGUGUCAGUGGAGGGGGGGACCUGGAUGAUUCCUCCUCCACGCCUGGCAGUGGCAGAAAAAGAAGAAGAAUCUCAAACGUUGCUCCAGUAGAUACAAUUGCUGUGUGCCACGAGCUGUUCAACGCUGUCAGGGACCACAAGGACGGCCAAGGGAGGCAACUUUGUGAAGUUUUCCAAAGGGUACCAAAGAGGAGGAAUCAGCCCGAUUAUUAUGAAGCAGUGUCCCAGCCAAUUGAUAUGACAAAGAUUCUGUACAAACUGAAGUCAGAGGAUUAUAAUGAUGUGGAGCAGCUUACUGCAGAUUUCCAGCUCAUGUUCAACAAUGCCAAAUUAUUCUACAAGAGUGAUACUGAGGAGUAUCAAGCUGCAUGCAAACUGUGGGAGGUCUAUCUGCAAACGAGGAAUGAGUUUGUGCAACCUGGGGACGGAGAUGAGGAUGAUGAAGACGGUGAUGAUAUGAUGGAUAAUCCGGGAAUGUCAAAUGAAGAUGAGACCCCGACUGGCAAUUUGAAGGAAUUGUUUGAGCAACUCUUGGAGGCUUUGGUGUCACACGCUGAUCCCUCAGGUCGUCUGAUCAGCGAGCUGUUCCAGAAAUUGCCUUCCAAAGUGCAUUACCCAGACUACUACGCCAUUAUAAAGGAGCCAAUAGAUCUCCGAACGAUCGCUCAAAGAAUACAGAUUGGAUACUAUAAAAGUGUCAAUGCUAUGGCCAAGGACAUUGACUUGAUGGCCAAAAAUGCCAAAACGUACAAUGAACCAGGAUCUCAGGUUUUUAAGGAUGCGAACACCAUAAAGAAAGUCUUCAUCCAGCGGAAGACUGAACUUGAACAUGCUGAACCCACUAAAUCCAGUCUUCGCAUAAGAAAUCGCAGGUCUGGCCAGGGUGAUCAACUUUCUGGCGUCAGUGUAGCUCUCCACUAUGGUUCAGAGAGUGAGGACGACCCUGUGCUCUCUGGCUCUGUGUGCUACGACGAGGGAGAGUCGGAGGCUGAGAGUCAGAGUUCCAGCAUGGAGAUGAGCAACCCGAUCUUCCAGCUUUAUGAAGCUGUGAGGGGUGCAAGGAACAGCCAGGGCCAGGUCUUCUCCGAACCUUUCCAGCACCUGCCCUCACGCAGGGAGUAUCCCGACUACUAUCAACAGAUCAAACAACCCAUCGCCCUGCAGCAGAUCCGGGCAAAAAUGAAGAACUGCGAGUAUGAAAGUGUGGAGCAGAUGGAGGCGGACCUCAAUCUGAUGUUUGAGAAUGCAAAGCGCUACAACAUGCCUAACUCAAGCAUUUACAAACGGGCCUUUCGGCUUCAGCAGAUCUUGCAGGCAAAAAAGAGGGGACUCGUGAGGAGGGACGAUGAGGAAGGAGACAGCCUUCUGUCAUCUGAUGCGGGGAGCGUCAAGAGGAAAAGCCACAAGAAAAAUGUCAAAAAGAACCGAAUGAAGACUUUAUACGCUGCGGUGACUGAGGCCAGGGAGGCCGGCACCAGCCGUCGUCUUUGUGAUCUGUUUAUGGUCAAACCAUCCAAGAAGGACUACCCUGACUACUACAAAGUCAUCCUAGAACCGAUGGAUCUGAAGACCAUUGAGCACAGCAUCCACACUGAGCGCUACGUGUCGGAGGAUGCUUUGAUGGAAGACAUGAGGUUGAUGUUCCGAAACGCCCGGCAUUACAACGAGGAGGGAUCUCAGGUGUAUAAUGAUGCUGAUAUUCUGGAGAAGAUACUGAAAGACAAGCGUAAGGAGAUGGGUCCUUUCCCCGAAGAAGAAGAUCUGGUAUCUCCCAAACUGAAACUAAGAAAGAUUGGAGUUUCUCCGAAGAAGUCCAAAUACCUCACCCCUCUUCAGCAGAGGCUAAACGAGCUGUACGACGCAGUGCGGAACUUCACCGACCGACGAGGCCGCCGCCUGAGCACAAUCUUCCUUCGCCUGCCAUCUCGUGCCGAGUUGCCCGACUACUACGCCACCAUCAAGAGACCCAUCGACAUGGAGCGUCUCCGGAGCCACAUGGCGGCCGGCCGUUACCAAGACGUCGAGGCCAUGGUGGAGGAAUUUUCUCUUAUGUUCAACAACGCCUGCAUUUACAAUGAGCCGGAGUCCCUCAUCUAUCGGGACGCUCUAGUGUUGCACCGGGUGCUGCUGGAGACGCGCAAGCAGCAGGAAGGAGGCGAGGACUUCGGACCUCCUAAUGUGGGACAUCUGGUGCGAGAGCUGAUCAGGAACCUGUUUGUUUCCGUGAUGGGCCACCAGGACGAGGAGGGCCGAUGCUACAGCGACUCUCUGGCCGAGAUAGCCGCCGUGGAUCCAGCGGCCCCCGAAAAGCCACCGCUAAACUUUGAUGUCAUCAGGGUGAACGUGGAACGGGGCCACUACAGGAGACUGGACGUCUUCCAGGAACACAUGUUCGAGGUGUUGGAGAAGGGGAGGAGACUGCACAGGACUGACUCCGAGAUCUUUGAGGAUGCAGUGGAGCUACAACAGUUUUUCAUUAAAAUCCGGGAUGAGCUAUGCAAGAACGGAGAGAUUCUGCAGUCCUCUUCACUGAUCUACACUUCAAAACACCUGCACAGCGACGUGGAGCAGGAGAAGAGGGAGAAAAUUCCCAAAGAGAUUGAGGAGGAUCGGCUAAAGGCUGAGGAAGAGAAGCAGGAAAACAAAGGGGGGGUGAAAGCCGAGGACCUGCAGGGAGAGUCCGGUCAGCCAGAUCCUGAGUCAGAGCGUGUCUACACUCAGGACUGCAGCUUUGAAAACACCACCUACCAUGUGGGGGACUUUGUCUAUGUGGAGCCGUCAGAGGUCAACCUGAAACCACACAUUGUCUGUAUUGAGCGCCUGUGGGAGGAUAAAGCAGGUGGGAAAUGGCUCUAUGGCUGCUGGUUCUACAGACCAAGUGAAACCUUCCACUUGGCAACUCGUAAGUUUCUUGAAAAGGAGGUCUUCAAGAGCGACUACUAUAACAAAGUGUCUCUCAGUAAAGUUCUGGGCAAAUGUGUGGUCCUGUGUAUAAAGGAUUAUUUCAAAAUGAAACCCGAGGGCUACAGAGCAGAGGACGUGUACAUCUGCGAAUCUCGCUACGCUGCCAGGAACAAGUCCUUCAAGAAGAUCAAGAUAAUGGCCGUGCCCGUGAGCUCGGUGAAACUCGUCCCCCGGGAGGUGCCGCUGCCCGUUGUCCGCGUCGCUUCCAUGUUCGCCAAGCCGGACUACGACAAGCUGACAAUCUCAUAUGCAGGCAGCGGGAGCGCCAUUGACAAGGAGAGAGAGGACGUCCCCAUUGAGAUGAGUGGAGCCGAUCCCGGCUGUCAGCACUAUGAACAGAUGCGCUACAACGAAAUGUGGUAUAAAGUGGGAGACUGUGUUUACAUUCAGUCACACGGCCUGUCAAAGCCCCGGGUUGCCAGGAUAGAGAAGCUGUGGGUGCAGAACGGAACUACUUUCUUCUUUGGACCCAUCUUUAUUCACCCUGAGGAAACGGAGCACGAACCCACGAAGAUGUUCUACAAGAGAGAAGUGUUUCUGAGCAACCUGGAGGAGACCUUGCCCAUUACCUGCGUCAUAGGCAAGUGCGUGGUGUCCUCCUUUAAGGACUACCUGUCAUGCAGACCGACCGAGGUUUCAGAGGAGGAUGUCCUGCUGUGCGAGAGCCGCUACAUUGACAUGGAAAAGCAGAUGAAAAAGUUCAAGGGUCUGAAACGCUUCUCGUACUCUUCCAAAGUGGUGGAGGAUGAGAUCUACUAUUUCAGGAAAUUAAUCGUACCGCAGAAGGAAGCGUCCCCCCUUUUGGACAAGAAAAUCAAUGAGCUUGAGGUUAAACUGGCAGAUAUAGAGGAUGGAGACGAUGAUAUGGAAGACAUGGACGAUGACGAUGAGGCUCCACAGACACCAUCUAUGCCUCAGAUGCAAACCCCUCUAGCAAAUGAUAUGGAUGCCCUGCCAUACACCCCUCAGUCCACUCCGAAGAUAAAGGGCAUGUCUAAGAAGGAAGGGGCCAAGAGGAAGAUCAACAUGAGUGGCUACAUCUUGUUCAGCAGUGAGAUGCGGGCCGUCAUCAAAGCUCGACACCCAGACUUCUCCUUCGGGGAGCUGAGUCGCCUGGUGGGCACCGAGUGGAGGAACCUUGAGUCCACCAAGAAAGCUGACUAUGAAGAGCGUGCAGCCAAGAUAGUGGAUCAACAAGAGCGAGAGAGACCGCCUCAGAAGCAAGCGUCCCCACGAGCAGGUACCCCCGUAGGGACACUGAUGGGGGUGGUACCUUCGCCUAGCACUAUGGGAAUGAUCAACCAGACCAUAACACCUCUGUCAGGCAUGAUGGGAGCUUACGGCCAACCUUACAUGCCCAUGCAGGGCCCCCAUGAAGGCUUGUUGAGCGUGGCCACUAUGCUACCUCACCAUGCAGGGGGGCCCCUUCUGCCUCACCACCAUCUUCAGCAAGGCAUGCCUGGGUACCCUGGCAUGCUUCAUCAGGGUAUGAUGAGCGCUGGUAUGAAUGGUAUGGCAGGAAGUCCGACACAAGGAAACUUUAUGCAACAGCCUGGGAUGUUCAGCCCGGGACCGCAUGCUCCCCCACCAUAUCCAGGCCAAGGCUCGCCCUCACACCUGCAGCCCACCACGCCCAUGUUUGUGGCGCCGCCCCCAAAGACCCAGCGGGUGCUCCACUCAGAGGCCUAUCUGAAGUACAUCGAGGGCUUGAAUUCAGAGUCUAGCAGUGUCAGCAAGUGGGACCAAACACUCAAAGCUCAGAGGCGUGACGCGCACAUGACCAAAGAGCAGGAGAGCCGGCUGCCGGCGCACUGGCUGAAGAGCAAGGGAGCCCACACAACUAUGGCGGAUGCACUGUGGCGCCUGCGUGACCUGAUGCUGAGAGACUCUCUCAACAUCUGCCAGGGAUACAACCUGUAACUUGUGAGAAUAACCACGCUAGCCAGCUCACCCACCGCUGUUAUCCUUUAGUGUAGGCAGGAUGAUAGACAAUAGAAGCAAUAUUUUAUAGUCAAUCAUGAUCGAUUUUGUAUUUAUUAGCAUAAUGAGCUUCAUAGUCAUUUGUGUGUGCGUUUGUUUUACAACAUGGGAUUGAUGGUGCUACAAAACCUGUAUUUUUUUUUGUGUGCGUUUGCUUAUUGGUACAACUAUAAAAAUAAAAUUCUUAAUACCUUG